AAAGUUUUAAUUUUGGGGCCAAUUAUCAGAUGGCACUACAGUUUUCUGAAAACGUCUCUAUAAGGCGACUGUCCCACCCCUGUUUACAAGGUAGAUAAGGUCCAUUUUGAAAGUUUUAUGUACCUAUACUUAUCGCGAUUUUGGCAUGUGGAUUGGUUCCUGUUUGCAUAAGUAGGUCCAUUUAUCUGAAACCAAAAUAGAAUAUUAAAAGAAGAAUUUAAAAAUCAUUGUUGGUAAAAUAAUUAUUGAAAAUGUAAACAAAAUAUUGUGAAUCAAAAAAAAUAUUGCAAUAUUUAUAAGAAAAUAAAGAACUGUUCAGAAACAUGUCCCUUUUACAAAACAUGUCAUAUCAAGAGUUUGAGUAUGCUUCAAGUCUUCCUAAAUCGCAAUGUGAACUAAUAGCAAAAUUGGCAGAUGUUGAAUUGGUUUUCAAUGUAACCAAAAAACCCGGCGAGGUUUUGUUAAAAUAUCUAGACAGAAGAGGAUACUCCAUAGUGCAAUAUAAACAGUUUCUCAAAGUUGCUACAAUAAGCACAUUCUACAAACCUCAAUCAAAAGUGGCUUUGUUAAUUGCUAAUGAUAAAUAUGAACACUUGUCAAAGCUAGCAACACCUACUGUUGACUGUGAAACUUUACAGUCUAAACUAACUUCUCUUGGUUUUAUAACUGUUUAUAUAAAUAAUGUUUCAGCUGAAGAUCUUAAGAAGCAAAUAAGUAAAGUAUUGCAACAAAUUCCUGAAGAUUCUUAUUGUUUUAUAUUCUAUGCAGGACAUGGAUGUGAGAUAUGUAAUACAAAAUGUAUUCUGGGCAUUGACUGUCCAACAGAUUCUAUAUUGCCAAUUCACUGUAUAACUGAAAACUGGUUGUUGCAAGAAGUGUCCAAAUGUAAACCUGAGCUAUGUGUACUCAUUAUGGAUAUGUGUAGGAAUAUUUUAAAUAGGGAAGAAAAUAAAGAGCUAUAUAAUUCAAUAUUAAAUAUAGAAGAUUGUAUUAUACACAGCAAUCUUCUAAUAGCAUACUCAACACAAUCAUCAAAAUCUUCUUAUGAAGUUCUACAAAUAGAAUGCUCACACACUAUAGAUAUGGAUGAAACCUAUGAAUUAAAAACGGGUGACCUAGAGAAGAUUAUACCAAGCUCUAGCCAAUAUGUAAAUGCUUUGUGCUCAAGAAUAUUUGAUAAUGUUGAUGUCAGCGCUCUCUUGGAUAAAGUGCAUGAAGAUCUUGAAAACUGCAGAAAAAAGCAAAGACCAAUAAAAGUACAAUGUGGUGUUGCUAAAAGAUCACUGUAUGACCCUGUUAAAGGUGAUACAGCAGUUUUAUUGGCCAAACUGAGGUGUUUGGUUGAACAGUUUCCCAAACAAUGUUCAGUGCUAUGAGUACAAAUAUAUAAAUAAGAGAUUUCCACGUCUAUAGCCACUCAUCACGAUAUCUAUGGAACCAUUAGAGCUAAAGACUUGAAAUUUUGUAGUAAUAUUCUUUUUACCGAGUAGAAGUUAGCUAAGAACGGAUUUUACGAAAUUCCACCCGCACGAGGUUUUUUUUAUAAUGAACAGAACAACGUCUGUCGGGUCAGCUAGUAGUUAAUAACUGCGUUCAUUUUAGAUAUUAACUAAAUAAAAUGACUUUUUUAGCACUUUCCAUUGUAGACUCUACUACAUGGAUAGGCCAUUUAUUUAGUUGAAUAAGGCAAUGUAUAAUAUAUUGGUUUUAUAACAUCGAUUCUCUUAACGGCCUUUCCCAAUAUUCAGUCUAUCGCUUACUUGAGAUAAAAAUCGUGACUAUCGGUGACUUUUCUGUCCCAAUAAACUUAUCGACGGUAACUCACCUUAGACGUAUAGCUUACCAGCGAUAGAAGUUUGUAUGUAAAUUUCAAUUCACGGGUCCCCGAUAUAAUGCGAUAAGAAUGACUUAUCGAGUAUAUUGGGACAGCUUCAGAUUAUUGACAGUAGAAGGUAGUAAUUUAUCUCUAUCUGUAGAUAGUAUAUUGGGAACGGCCGUAAGUGGCCAUGAUAGAUCUCAAUAAGAAAUUGAAAGUGUAGAGCGUGACGUCGAUCUCAAUUAUAAGCUGAAGCUGUGUCUUCUCUUCUACAUGAUUAAUUGUUAUAAAACUACUAACUGUUUCCGUCAUGUGUUUCAAUGCAACAGUGAAAAGAAAUAAGAGUCAAAAAAAUCAUGUAUAUAUUUUUGGGCCAGGAACCAACAGGCGUCAUCCUAAUUGACCACGAUUGUUCGAUGACAGGUUGCGUCGUGCGGUGAAAGUGACCGUAAGAUGAGUUAACAAGUAUCAAGGGGUCAGUGAACACGAUGGGCAUCGCGCUCCAAUCAACUCUCACUAGUGUGAUUUUAACUUAACAGGGAUGUACAUUUUUUAUAGUCCGGAAAUAUUACUUUGAAAAUUGCAAAUAACAUUGGAAAAAAGAAACAUAAACUACAUAAUACACUUUAUGCAUUCAGUAAUCAGCAUGGCGAAUUUUUCAAUCAUUAUUAGGUAAAAUUUUGCGAAAUUUCUUUUUGAAAAAAAAAAUUUUUUUGAAAUUUAGAUUAGAUCAUAAACAUUAGAUACUUUCAUAACGUCUUAGUAGUAAAAAUAAUUCAAUUGCAAUAUUUUUAUUUUGACGCCUUAAACAAAUAGUCAAUUUCUCGUACAACUCAGAAAGAGCGGCGUCAUUCACAGCAUGAAUCUAUCAUAAAUCACGUUCGUUUACAAUAUUCCUUGCUUGCCAAACUUCUUUAUCUAGCAACCCGAAACAUAACCCGCAUAAUGAUACCUCGAGUAUUAAAAACACAAGUGGUAUCACGUUACAAGUGGCCUCGCCGGGUUUGGCGCCAAAACAGCUCUGCAAGUUCCAUCUGCGGGCGCGCGGGACAUGUUGGCAUAUCAGAGGUUGAUACAUUGAAAACUUUUACAGUUAUUUGUCUUCACCAAAUGAAACAUUUGCACACCUGCCUUGCAAUGGCACACACAUAUACACAUACCAAUUACGGCACAUAAGAAAUUGGUGUAUUUUAUUACAUGAUUGAAUUAUUAACCACAUAGUUCCUUUAAUUGUUAUUAAACUUUGCCUGCGCCCGUGCGUCGGCUUAUUUGAUAUAAUUAGGAUACUUCUGAAGAAAUCUGUAUGUUUGAAUCUUAUCAUGUCAUCAUAUGGUCAUGGCCAAUAACGAUGACAUAGUACGGGCAUCCUCAGAUCACUAUUGGAUCAAUGAUAAUGGAACACAUAGGGAAUAUUCAUUGAGUUUUAUUUAUAAAGAUUUAUGACAUUAUGUUAAAUAAAUUUUUGUUAAAGUAAGCAUUAAAUUCUUAGAUAAUUUAUAUGUCUACAUAGUCUCUGGCUUUCAGAGACAAUCAAUAAAAACAGGCCAGGUUUAAUACUUUAGUGUGCAUGACAAGCUACGUCUUACACUCGCGAUUUGUUUAACACUUUGUGUUAGUGUGUGUGCAUUGCUCAAAUAGAGGUUAAUUUUAAACUCAAUUUUUUUCGACAUUUUCACAGCUGUCAUAGUCUAUCUUUAAAUAAUCUAAGUUUAAAUUUAUAUCAAAAACAGAAACAUCUCAUCAUUCCUAAAUAUUUAGGAGUGAUAAAAUGUUUUCCUAAGACAUGAGACAAACCAGUUGAUGGACCUUUGUUAAAAACUCAUUGCUAGUUUAUUUUAGUUGCACAUGAUCUAUUCCAUAUUAUAUUUUUAUAGAAACCUGCAUUGAUUGACAUUCACAUGUUGAUAUUAAUACACUCAGCGGCACAAUUAACCGCCCACCCUUUUAAAGUGGCAAAUUUUGAUGUUAUCGCAGUUGUAAGUUAUUGGGCAUAAAUAAGUGAAGUGUGAAAGAAAUGUAGUGACGAAAAAAUUACAAACUACCCACUUAAUUGUUUUUUUUACGCAUAAGUUGUGAAUAGGAUAUAUAUCGAACUUCGUCUCAUUAUCGUUAUCGUUGCCAUACUGCUUACAUUGCUUCAGUGGCAUUAAAAGUAAACAAUUUGAGUUUUUUUAGGUUUCGUAACUUAAAGCUAGUGUUUGGACAUCACAAACAUGCCAUUUGAUGCUAAUUCAGUGGCGAGAGCCGUCGCUCUUAUCGACGAAAGGUUUAGUCAGCGUUACGUGGCGCGGAAGCUUGGUGUCGCACGUACCACCUUAAGGGAUGCAGUGAAACGGUUUCGGGAAACUGGCUCUUAUGAGCGAAGACCAGGACAGGGCCGAAAAAGAUGCACCUCCGCUCGUGACGACCGAUUUCUUGUGACCAAUGUUCUAAGAAAUCGGUUCACUACAGCUGUUGAGGCACGAAACCAACUUCGUGAGGUUCACAAUGUUCAAGUGAGUGAAAGAACAGAGAGAAGAAGACUAGGAGAGAAUGCCCUUGGAGCUUUUCGACCAUCUCGAGUGCCACAAUUGCUCGUAGGCCACCGGAGAGAAAGACUUCGUUUUUCCCGAGAGCAUACCGAAUGGAAUAUGGAACAAUGGAAGAAUGUUAUGUUUACUGACGAGACAAGAAUAUGCUUGCACGGUCCUGACGGUCGCCAGCGUGUAUACAGACGCAAGAAUGAAAGGUUUGCACCAUGUAAUGUUGUGGAAACAGUAGGUUACCAAGGUGGCUCUAUCAUGAUAUGGGGCGGCAUUACUUACGAAGCACGCACCGACUUGGUUAUCUUCGAAAGAGGUGGAAAUUAAUGCUCAGAGGUAUGUAACAGAAGUGUUGGAACCUCAUGUAAUGCCAUUUGCUCCAUUUACUGGCGAAGAUUUUUUAUUAAUGCAGGACAACGCUCGCCCCCACGUUGCUAGAGUUGUUACCGCGUACCUGGAUACCGUCGGCAUUCGAAAAUUAACAUGGCCAUCCCGGAGCCCAGAUUUAAAUCCUAUUGAACACAUAUGGGACAAUUUAAAAAGACGUGUUCGAAGCCGCAUACCAGCUCCAACCACCAUAGAUGAAUUAAAACAAUUCGUGAUUGAGGAGUGGCAGAACAUUCCACAACAACAGAUCAAAGAUGUCAUCGACAGCAUGCCAAACCGUUUGAUGGAAGUCAUGAGGGCUAGAGGUGGAAAUACGCACUAUUAGAAUUCAUUUAUUCAGCAGAUUUUUUAUUUUUAAGCCAUUUCAUCACAUUUGUUAAUUUACGGUCAAAGUGUUUUUCAGACUUUUUUAUAAAUAAACGUAAUAAUUAAAAAAAUAUUAUCUUUCAUUUUACUUCAAUAUACCUACGUUAUAAAAUAACAUUCACAAGUAAGGCCACAAUUUUUUUUUAACCAAAAUCGUAAAAAAUCAACGUGGGCGGUUAAUUGUGCCGCUGAGUGUAAUUUUGUGGGAGCUCCCUAGAUAUAAAAAACUCAUUAGACUCCUAAUACCUAUAAUCUUAGAUCAUUUACUAGAUAGACUAUGACAGCUGUCGUCGUCGAAAGAAAUUGAGUUAAGAACUAACCUCUAUUUUGAGCAAUUCACACUCACUAACACAAAUCGCUAGAAGAGUGGUGUAAUAUUAUGUAGCUUGUCACACACAUUAAACUAAUAUUUCUGGCCUGUUUUUAUAUCUGUUAUGCUUGAUGACGAUGCUAACAAUUCAGUCUGUGUUUUAUAAGGUCAAUUAUUAAAGAAUAAUGUAUAUAUGCUCAUUGAAGCCUACAGAUGCUAAAAUAAUUGUAAAAAUAAGAAUAAAAUUUGUAUUUUUUUACAAUUUUAAUGAAAUAGAACUCUUACAAACCUA